AUCCGCAGCUUUCGGCCGGCUGGGCGCUCGAAGCGGUUAGGUUCCUACCUCCGGCACCUGACUUCUUAGCUACACUCAACUCGCGCUCAGAGCAGGGACAUGAGUGUACCUGUGCCACCGCCCCCGGACGGGGUCCUGACCGGGACCUGCAGCAUGGAGGCCGGCGAGCCCACGCUGGGUACGGCUCACAGGUUUAGUGACGCUUCGCCAGAUGAAGGACUGAUAGAGGACUUCGCUGUAGAGGACAAAGCUGUGGAGCAACGUGGAGGCCUGCUGUCCCACUACUUACCAGAUCUGCAGAGGUCGAAGCAAGCCCUCCAGGAACUCACACAGAACCAAGUUGUGUUACUAGAUACACUGGAACAAGAGAUUUCAAAAUUUAAAGAAUGCCACUCCAUGUUGGACAUCAAUGCUUUGUUCACGGAAGCGAAGCACUAUCACGCCAAGCUGGUGAACAUAAGGAAGGAGAUGCUGAUGCUCCAUGAGAAGACAUCGAAGUUAAAAAAGAGAGCACUUAAGCUGCAGCAGAAGAGGCAGAAAGAAGAGCUGGAAAGGGAACAGCAGAGGGAAAAGGAAUUUGAAAGAGAAAAGCAGCUGACGGCCAAGCCAGCCAAGAGGACAUGAGAAGCCGAGCUGCAGGUGUCUGCUGCCUGUCAUCCCCCUGGCUCUCCAGUGCUGUGCACAGAGAGGACGCGGGUGGUACCUUCUGCCGUGGCAUGUUUGAAAUCCUUGCCAGGGUUGCUGUGUCUCUGUGACUUCACUUCACUUCACUCAAGAAGCCUUGUUUUUGAUAUUUAUGUUUUCAACUUUUGCUUAAUUUUAACAUUAUUUUGAUCUUAAAUCAUUUGUAAACUGAAAAACACUUUGGUUAUUACAAGAGUCUGGAUACUAGUUCAAAAUGAGUAUAAGUGUUUGAGCUUCUUGAGAAUCGA